AUGCUUGCAUGCUGUCUAUUUUCCGUCUCCUUUGCUGUGCUGCUAAUGAUGAAUUCGGCUCACUCCAUGUCCUAUAUGGACGAAAUCUUUCAUAUACCUCAGGCACAACGUUAUUGCCGGUAUAACUUCCAUGAAUGGGAUUCAAUGAUUACCACAUUACCGGGGAUGUAUUUGGCUUCAUUUCUAAUCGCUAGAGUAACCGUAUGGAUUAAUUAUCUAGCCAUGGGUAGCAUCGACUUUUGCUCUGUAUUAUGGCUUCGAUUUCAUAACCUAAUAUAUGCAACAGGCAAUUUUAUCGUCAUGUAUAAACUGCUGGAAAAAUUCCAUUGCCCACUCAAGGUAGGCAAUAUGAUACGAAUAAACUCUGGCGUAACUGCAUUUAUUAUAUCUGGCUUUCCUCUGCUCUAUUUUUUCACCUUUUUAUACUAUACCGAUCAAGGAUCUACGUUUUUUACCUUACUGUGUUACCUGUUCUCAUUGAAUAUGUACCAUAAGACUGCUGCUUUUAUUGGUAUCAUUGCAAUUCUCUUUCGUCAAACCAAUGUUAUUUGGGUAAUGUUUGCCGCCGGUGUUUCUAUAGCUCAAAUCUAUGAUGCAUCAUUCAAAGUAUCAGCAGUGCAAGAAAAGUUAGCACUGUCUAAAGACUACCGCACCUACUAUGAUGUAUUCAUUUUAAUCACUAAAAGGCAAUUUCGCAAGAUUAUCUCCAUUUCUUGGCCUUAUAUAAUAGUGAUUUUGGCGUUUAUUAUUUUUGUCAUAGUCAAUGGAGGUAUAGUUGUUGGCGAUAGAAAUAACCAUCAACCGGCCCUGCACAUACCCCAGUUGUGGUAUUUCCUGUCCUUUAGUCUAUUUUUCGCUGCACCACAUCUUUGUCGACCUUCCUAUGUUUUUUCCUUCUUCAAUGAUGCUUUGGAGUAUUGGUAUCUUACACUUAGCGGAGUUGUCGUCAUGGCAUUUUCUGUUUACAAGUUCACUUUUGUGCAUACGUAUUUACUAGCUGAUAAUCGGCAUUAUACAUUUUAUGUUUGGAGAAGAUUGUAUAAUGCACAUCCAUCUAUUCCAUAUCUAAUUAUACCCAUGCAUUUGUAUACUAUUUAUAUUGUCUAUAAAACACUUGCGGAAAAACGAUCCAAUCUCUGGAUAGCUAUCUUUACUGUUGCUGUAACUUUGGUAACAAUCCCUCAACGUUUACUUGAAUUUAGAUACUUUAUUCUUCCUUAUAUAAUAAUGAGGUUAAAUUUUCCAUUAAUGCCGUAUCCGUUCUUGUUAUUGGAGAUUUUUAUAUACUUUGCUAUAAAUUACUUGACCAUUUUUAAUUUUAUUAGUUCACCAUUUGUUUGGUUAAAAAGUGGUGAAAUUCAAAGAUUUAUGUGGUAA